AUGGAGUCGUCCCACAGGCCGCCCGGGCCCGAGGCAGACCUUCUGACUUUGGGGAGACAGCGAGCCGCGGUCGUGGGCGGCGGGCCGGGCCGAACGCCCUCGGAACCGCCCUCAGGCUUCCGGGUGCCGGGAGAGGAAGAAGCCGAGAACGUUGGGGGCUCGCGCCGCCACCCCGGCGCGUCCCCUAAGACCUCGAGCUCCAGCGUCGUCCGCUGGCCGGGAUCGGAGGCUCCGGAGGACGAGCUCGGCCGCCCCGCGAUGCUGGGUGGACCGGGGAGCCACCGGGGAGCGCCGGAGCCCGAGCUCCACCCGCUCGGGUCUUCCCUGCGCCAGGACCCCGCGCCGCCCGAGGGCCAGCCCGUCUCCGAAGCCGUCAGCCGUCGAGGAGGCCCGGGAGGCGGCGGGAUGGAUGCUGAGCAGGAGGAGGAGGAGGACGACGCCGAGGAGGCGGCCGGCCGGGCCGGCAGGUCGUUCUCCAGCCGCCUCCAGGACAGCCGCAGCCUGGACGGGCUGAGCGGGGCGUGCGGCGGCUCCGGGUCCCCAGCGGGUGCGGAGCCCGGCGCGGGGGGCGGGCGUCGCGCCACCAUCUCCAGCCCCCUGGAGCUGGAGGGCACGGUGAGCCGCCAGGGCGACCUCACCCAUUUUGUCGCCAACAACUUGCAACUCAAGAUCCGCCUGAGCAGCACCUCCCAACCCCCGCCCCCUGUCCCCGCGCCGCCCUGCUCGGCACCUCCAUCCUCGCCGGCCAUCCCCCCCAUCGACCCGGACGUGCUGCGGGACCUGGAGCGGCUGAGCCGGGAGCUGGGCGGCCGGGUGGACCGUCUGCUCCGCGGGCUGGGCGGUGCGGUGCAGGAGCUGACGGCGCUGAGCGUGGGCUGCAUCCAGACCUACCGCGACGCCGUGGACUCCCUAGGCGAAGCCGUGGACAUGAGCAUCAAAGGGAUGUACACGCUGCUGGCGCGCUGCGAGGAGCUGGAGAGGGCUCUGCAGCCAGUGCAGGGGCUGGCGCGCCAAAUCCGGGAUAUCCGACGCACCCUGGAGGUGCUGGAGGCUCUGUGCAAGUGA